UAUUCGUGUGACACAUGACGUUUACGGUAGGCAAAAAAAACAUCGCAGCUGUCAAAACGUUAUUCAGCAGAUAAGAGAAAAACAAUCAUUUACGGCUGGUGGUCCGCUAGUGCAAGGAAAAAAGUUUAUUUAUCACACUUUCAGUUAUAGUAUCGUAGCUUUACGUCGCUUUUCUUCACACCAGCCACUGCCUGGCUGAUGGCAAUGGUGCUCCGAUCAUGCUGAACUUUUUGUACGCCGUUCUUUUUAGCACCCUCGCUUACCUGUUUCUAACAUGGCUCAUACCGAAAUUGAUUGGAUUCGUGCUGAAAAAGCUGUACAACGUAGAGAUCAAUGUGGGACGCAUCAGCUUACCCUGCUCCAUACGCGAUGUGACCGUGUGCAAGAGCGGCUUUUCGGUGCAGAUUGAUGAGAUCACCCUGCAGAGCAGCUUCGUCAAUUCCGACGUUUCGAAGCUGCUCUCGAUUAAUGUGCGCGAUGUGCGCAUUAACAAGGACAUUAAUAAAGCACCCGGUGGCGGCGGUGGUGGUCCCGGAAGUCCCACCGCCGCACCGGGUAGCAACGGUAGCCCGACGGCAGGGACGGGAAGCAACGCGGAGUGGGGUGAGUAUCAGGCCAGGGCAAAAGCUAACACGCAGCGGAAACAGCUUGACUUCCGGGAGAAAAAGGUACCGCCCCGUUUGCUCAAGUUUGCCCAAUUUAUGGCGGUACACAUAAACAACGUUUCGGUGGCGUUGCUAAACAGUGCCCAGGAACCGGGCUGGCUGCUGCAUGCCACUGCCAAAGAGCUGCACCUGGACGGUAGUCUCGUGCACAGUACCAAAUCGUUGCUCGUUUCCGCCUCGCUGUGUGAUGCGCAGGCGAAGAUCCUGCGCCAUUGCAUAUCGACUCCGAAGCGCUUGGAACGAUCGCGAAAGAUAUCCGACCUGCCGCAGCCGUGUCUGGGCGAGCUAAGCUUCGGCAUCGCGCUGGACGGUGUGCUGGUGGUGGAUGGGCCGAUGUCGCUGGAAAAGCUGAGCCUCGCGAUGACCACGACGAAGGUGAUCCUGCACGGUGGGCUGUACGAGUUUAUCAAGGACACGCAGGCUCAGAAGCGUCGCCAGCAGCUGUUUCUCCGACAGCACGGCGUACCGGACCACGAGCACGAACCGGACCGUUCGUUUGAGCCGGCCGACGAGGAGGAGUUUUCCGUGUACGAACGAUACCAACGGUUGGCGCCGGUGAUACCGAAAAACUUUUUCGUCAAGAUCGAAAACACCACCAUCAGUGCGGUGCGCGAAAAUUCUUCGAACGAUUUCUCUGCCACGUUGCAAAAGUUUGCGGUGUCGAGCAAAUUUAGCACGCCGCCACCGGCGAUCGGCACCGACGAGUGUCAGCUGCCGCUGGUGUACGUGGGCGUGCAGCUGCAGCAGCUCGAGAUCGACACGAUGCACGAGAAGCUGCUGUUUCUACAGCAGUUUAGCGUCGACUCCAAGCUGGAGGGCAGUCUGGUGAACAUCUACUCGAAGCUUUCGUCGUUCGUGUUGAUCUACAACCAUCGCGAGAUUUACGGGUGGAUUAGCAAGAACUUCUUCUCGGGUGAGCGUACCGCACGGCAGCUAAAUCCCAAAAGCCUAAAGCUGGCUGGACUGGCGACCCACUGCAAGACGCGCCGUUCGGCGGCCGGUGGGUCGAAAAUGUUGGAAGACUUUCUGAAGCGCUGCGUCAUCAAGGGAUGCGCCGAGCUGUGGGAUGUGACGGCCGUGUUCCGGUUCGGUCCGACGCAGGUGUCGUCCAUCUGCUGCCAGCACGCGAAGCUGCUGCUGGAACAGUUUGCCGAACGGAGGAGCAAGGUGUACGAGAGCCGAAUGCUGAAUCUGCUGCUCGAUCGGCGCCACUGGAGCGCAGAGCUGCUGAUCGAAUCGGUGUGGUGGUCGCUUAGCUCGAACAUUUCGCACAAGGAAAAUGCGCAAAGCUUGAAGAAGGGCCACAUACGCGGCAGUCCGUUCUACGUGGCGAUGAGCCUGUGCAAGCUGAGCAGUUACGGCGACACGACAAAGCUGGACCUUUCGGUGCACACGUUCCGGGUCGAGUACAGUCCAACGUUGGCCGACUAUUUGGUGCACGCGAAACGCUGCCUGGACCAGUACCGUUCCAGCGCGACCCCGGCAAACCACACACGGCCGCAAUCCGCCCGCGAACCGCCACACCACCCGUUGGGCCGAGAACGGCGCGGUUCGCUGACGACGGUCGCUGACCUGCUGAUUAGCGCGCGCGUUACCGACAUUUCGGGCUUUUUCUUCAACCAGCACGAAACCUGCAUGCUGGCCAACUUGAACGAGCUGACGGUGGGGAAGCUGGCGCAGAAAAAUUUCAUCCGCUUCGACAGCUUCCAGAUGGAGAUACUGGACUUCCGGCACAUUACCGGCUGCGAGUAUGGUUCGGCCGAGCUGCAGAACGUGUUCGCCAACGUGAAGGGCGUACGGGUGGAGCAUGUGGACGCGGGCGGUGUGCCGAAGGUGUGCGUGUGGCUGCUGGAAGAUGCGAUCGUGAUGUGGAACACCAAUCUGCACAUGCACAUCGUAACGCUGCUGCAGGAGAUGCGCCAGCUGAGGGACAGUUUGAAACCGAAGCCACUGCCGGAACCACCGCUGGAUUUGCCGGUUCAGAGCGAGCCGGAACGGAGCGGCACGGGUAGGAAAUCGCUGUUCCGCUCGAUGAUGCUCGAGCUGUACGCGGAAGGUAGCGUAGAGUUUGGCAUCAAGAUAAGCGAGCGGCACUCGAUGCAGGUGUUUGGCGAGAAUGCGCUCGUGCACCGGAAGGGCCAAUGGAUGCUGUCGAUCGAGAACAUUGUGAUCAAGAUCGACGAUCAGCAUAUAUUCACCAUCAAGGAUAUGGUGAUGGAAUCGCUCGAGCGGGUCGAGUUGCUGUGCCUGGAGCGGCAAAACUACGACCAUUUCCAGCUGGACUCGAACCGUGUUUGGGCCACAACGAUUGGUGGGGUAAAGGUAAUCUUCCCGUACGAGCAUGAUUUUUACGGAGCGAUCGUGAAUGAGUUCGUGUCGAUCUAUAAGUGGCUGAAGGUGGUACACAACUACAAGAAGAAACCGUUCACCAUCGAUAGCCCGUUGCCGAGCGAUAUGAUAAUACAGAUCAAAGAGUUCCUGCUGGAGAUGAGCGACGACCCGUUCGAGGUGAAGCUACGCGACAACUACGUACUGCUGCUCGACGAGUACCACGAAAGCGUCAAGCGCAAGGAGCUGUUCGAUCAGAAGAUCGCCCAACUGUGCUCGGAACGGCUGAUGCUUCCGCCCGGUACGCUCGAGGAGCUAAACGCGAACCUUAUCAAGAAAAACUCGGAAAUCUACAUACAGCGUUCGAAGAAGAUCUCCGAAUCGGGUCCACCGCGCACGCGGCUUAUCGCCUGGAUAAUGACCGAUUUAGAAAUUAUGGCCAUGGCCGACCCAUCGCUGCACGGUGGUGAGAAUGCAGUGCGUUGGCUGCGCAUGCUCGACGCGGAAAGCCCCUGGCCGGAUGAGGGCAUCGAGUUUGUGACGCUGUGGGUGCGUGCAGUCAACAUUGGCUGCAGCGAGUGGAAGUUUAUGCUGCGCGACUACCCACAGCCCAUGUUUCACGUGAAGGCCAUGCAUCUGUUUGGGACGCUGGCGGGCGCUGAGAUGGCACCGCCGAGGCGCGCCAAGCGCGAUGUGGAGAUCGAGCUGGGCGACCCGUUCGGCACGCACACGGUGCAGCGGAGCAUGACGUCGAUCAAGUUUUACCACGAUUUCAACUGGGAGCUGGACUACCUGGCGUACGCAUUCGGGCCCUGCUGGGAACCGGUGAUGGCCCAGUGCAAUCUGAUGAUGGAGAAAAUUUCGGCCCCAUCGCGUGACCCGAGCCCACCGUUACCGUUCUGGGACAAGAUGCGGCUGCUGAUGCACGGUCAGCUUUCGAUCAUAGCCAAGCAGUUUACGAUUCUGUUGCACGCCUCGCUCGAUCCGUACAAUACGACCGAGGAGAUGGAGCUGACGUGGAACAACUGUGGCAUAAUGUAUUCGAAUGCGCGCCUCAUGUUCAAGGGUGAUUUGAAUAUCUACGUACGAACGGCGUCACGAUACGACGAUUGCCGAUUGCUGCAUCUGCCAAAUCUGAAGCUAACGUUCAAGCUAAACUGGGUGUGCUUGGCGAACCCGAACGAUCACCAUGCGGUGGUUCCGUGCGCACCGGACAAGCUGCCGGAGUACAGCAGCAACCAGGUGCACGAUUCGUUCCGCGCGUUCCGUUCGCAGCACCUCAACAUAUGGGUUUCGUUCGAAAUCAAGCAAAACGCCAUGUCGGACUACGACAUACCCAAUCUGGUGCUGUACGGCAGCACGCUCCGGUGGUUCGAAAGCUUGAAGUUGAUCCUUUCGGGCGUAACGCGGCCGACACGCCGCGGGCCAGUGUUUAACAAUGUGCGCCCGAGAAAGAAGCAACUGAGCCGCCACUAUCGCAAGGCCAACCUGCAGAUGAGCUUGCACCGGUUUCAGAUCUUCUACUGGAUGUCGCACGCAUUAAAUCGUGGCUUCCAGCUGAGCGGGGGAAGAAUCACGUUCAGCUCGGAACACACGCUCACCUUGAUGCCCAUCGACGAUGGAUUGAUUCAUCGGCCGCGGGCCGAUUGGUCGGUAAUGUACAUGAACUGUGAGCUGAACGAUGCGGAAAUUUGGUUGCGCACGACUCAGAUCAGCAACGAGCAGCAGCAGCAGCAGCAGCAGCAACGCACCGACACCAGCUCGGAAAGUCUUUCGAACGCAAGUGGCGACAUCUACCGGUAUUACUUCCUGAGCGUCGCCCGAGUUUCGUACGGCCGGGAGGCUCUACUGUCCACCAACGGUAACGAGCGCGAGAAGGACACUCCGACGCAUAAGCUGGUGGUGUACGAUCUGAAGGGUGCCUGGACGAAGGAUAAUAGAGAUGUGGCGUUCGCGCUGUUUGAUUCGCUGGUCAAGAGCCAGAAGCUGAAGAAUAACCUCGCCACGGAAGCGCUCAAAUGUUUCCGGAAGGAAGGAACGGGUGCAGCGGGUGCGGGCGGUGGUUCGGCAGGCGGUGUAUCGACGGCCGCUGCUGGCGAUCAUGGAACACCGUUCAAAUCGCGAAGUGCCGGGCAGGAUCUGCACCAUGGUGGGGGCGGUGUGGCCGGAACGACGAGCAGUGGAGGUCACCUUAGCGCCAAAGGCAAGGCGCAACAGUCCAGCGAUAGUAUGGCGAUGUUGCAGCAGCUGAUACAGGAAGCGGACCACAAACCGUUGGUGUACAGUGACGAUCAGUCGGCACAGACGAGACAGCAGCAGUUGAAGGGUUUGCAGGCGUACCAGGAAGGUGACGUGCUGCACUACAAUUGGGCCAUUUCCCUCGUCAACUCGCAGGUGUUGCUGAAGGGCUGUGAAACGUCCGGCUAUGUGAUACUGAGCGCAGCUAAGGCGGAGAUCCUGCAGCGCGUCCAUCGUCCGGUGUGGCGCGACCAUACGAUCGUGUCGAAAACGACCUGGGUUGGUUCGCUGGAGUGUAUGCAGUACUACGCGACGGUCAGUGCGAACGAUGGCGACUCGCACGAGAUGGCCGAAAUUAUGUGGCUUACGGUGGACAACAUCCAGGAGAAGGAUCGGGAUGCGCCGGUCAUUAUCAGCGAGCUGCCCGAUCUGCCACAUCUCGUUGGCAGUGGGCAGAGCGUCGGCGGGGUCGUGUCCGAAACGGUGGGCGUACUUGGCGAGAGCAGCUACACCAGCGGACAGAAACCACCGAUCCAGCUGCAGCGCAUCGUGUCACGGUGUAAGUGUGAGUUUUUCUACGUCAGCUACGGUGACACGAGCAUCGAUCCGGGCACGAUCAGCGAGGUGCCACCGCCGCCGGUCGAAGAAUCGAUGAGCCCGUGGGAAAACCAGGACGAACCGGUCGAUGCGUUCACGCUGAUGCAUCACGACCUGGACGUGUGCACCAACUCGCUCCAGUACGCGAUGAUCCUGGACAUUGUGAACAACCUGCUGCUGUACGUGGAACCUCAGCGUAAGGAAGCGCUGGAGCAGCUCGCCCGGAUGCGGUUCCAGUUGCAGCUGUACAGCAGCGAGGAUCAGAAGCGACCGAUUCAGCAUCUGCAGACGGAGAUCCGCAGCCUGAUGUCGCGCAUCCGAUGUCUGGAGAAGGACAUACAUUUCAUCACGAAGGCGCGCCUUGAGGAGGGCGAUUCGGAGGAGCUGCAGGUGGAGUUCGAGCACGUGCACAACGCCAUCCUGGACUGCAAGGAACUGCUGACGACGAAGAGCGACGAGCUGGAUAUGAUGCUGUCGUGCUACAACGAAGCGCAGCUGUCUGCCUCGAAUCGGUUGGCAACGUUCCGCAAAGAUAAACCGGUAACGAUCGUACGGGCGAACGAAAUCUGCUUCAAGCAUGCCCAGUGGCGUCUGACGGAAGCGGACGGUCAGAUCGGUAUUGCCGACUUGAUACUGAGCAACUUCCUGUACACGAAAAACUCCAAAAGUGACGACUCGGUGGACCAUCUGCUGGAGCUGGGAUACAUUAGGAUAAGCAAUUUGAUCCCGCGCGACAGCUACACCGAGGUGCUGUGUCCGACCGAAAUACAGCGCGACAUGCCGGUGGAGCACAAGCGCGUGUUGCGCGUGUUUUGCCGCGAAAAGCCACCGGUCGGCGGGAUCUCGGUGAAGGAACACUUUGAGAUUAACGUGGUGCCGAUUACGAUACAAAUUUCGAAGAAGUUUUACAACACGAUGCUAAAGUUCUGCUUCCCCGAUCGGGACGAAGCGGAUGCGGUGGACGAACUGGAUGCGAGUGGUGAGGGUAGCGGAUCGGUUGCGGGUGCGAGCGGUAGCGGUGCGGGGUCUUCCGGCGCAGUGAAGGGUGGUGGCAUCCGGAAAACGAAUUCCUCCCUGUUGGCCAGUGGUAGUGGGAGCGGUGGUGGUGGUGGAGGGAAUGCUAGCGGUGGAGGUGGUGUUGGUAGUGCUUCCGCUUCCUCGAGCAGCUCCAGUUCGACGACUGGCGGUGGAUCGAAAGCUUCCUCUAGUGGUGGUGGUGGUGGUGGUGGCAAAAAACCGUCCAAGGACAGUACAUUCUUCGUACGCAUCCAGGACGACGUGGAAAAGAUGAAGGAGCGGGCCGAGAAGAAUAAGCUGUUUAUCUACAUCAAGAUACCGGAGGUGCCGGUGAAGGUGAGCUACAAGGGAAACAAGGAGAAAAACUUUGAAGACAUCACGGAUUUGGCACUGCUCAUACCGACGCUCGAGUAUCAUAACGUGACGUGGACGUGGCUGGAUCUGUUGCUGGCAAUGAAAUCGGACAGCCGGCGUGUACUUUUGUCGCAGGCAAUUAAGCAAAAGUUAAAACUGAAGAAAGCUCUCGUUGACGAACAACCAUCACCGCAGGAAGAGGAUAAAGCUAAGAUGCUGUUCGGCAAUCGACAUGCGCGUGCACGGAAUAAGCCGGAAAACAAAAGCCUUCGGAAGGGUGUGUUUAAGUUCUCCAAAUCAUAAAGGAAAACGGUGCAAUUACUGAAAUUAACAACAUCACCAACAUUAGGGAGUUUUAAAAUUAAGAAAAGUACUACGCUUCAAAUCUACAGAGCCAGUAGUAGUGAUCCGAUCAUGUAAAACCUACGAACCAAGUGAUCCUCUAUCUUAUAUCAUUUAUCACUCUUACCACAAAAGUACGUACCGAGUUCGUGGAAUCGUAGCUAGGUGUAUUCAGAAGCGCAAUUUUAAUCUACCGCGCGUAAAUUUCAUCGUACUAAUUAGGAAAGUUUCAAAAUAAUAAUUGCUCCAGUAAAAGGGGGAGGGAUAGCUAUUUGGCACCAAAUCUUCGAUGCUAGAGUUUAGGGUUUGUUGUUGAGAGCGAGCGGGAUAGACCAACGAGUUAGUGAGUGAGCAAACGAUCGAUGGCGACCGUAGACCGUUAGGGACUGCAUUGUGACAGCACCAAAACAGGAUUAUUUACAUUUAAUUGAUGUAGCUGUGAGAUUAUUUAUGGUUUUUUUUCCGAUCAGCAUUUUCAUUUACUACCUUAUUUAUGUCAACCAGUCCCGUCGAGAUUAGCUCGGGAAGAUAAUUGGGAUGAUUGCACGAUUUCCAUCAUUGCAGGGUUUUCGCGUUGUUGCUUUGGCCGAUUGAUGCCUCUAUGUGUAUUAUUAUUAUUUAUGAAUACGUAUUUCCCAGGAAUACUGUGUAUUGUAUUGUGCUUUUCACCUUUUACAGCGAGUCGUCACUAUGAUUAUACAGUUAAUGUGCUUCUAUGUUAUACCAGAACGUGCUUUGUUACCGGUUGGAUUAGUAUUAGGGACAGGGAUAAUGGUGAGCUAAGCGCACAGGAAACGAGCAAAAAUUACGAACCGUCGAAAGGUUAUUGACGUUACUGAAAGGUUAGUUUUUUUCCGGGGUUUUGAACUUUCGAAUGUUAGCAGUUUCAAAGGUUGAAGGAAAAAGUGUUGUGUGUGUGUGUGGGUUGAAACAAAAAGGUUCUAAAUAUUCCGUACCAAAGGUUUUGCUGACGA